AAAUUAAACAAUUGUAACCCACUACUAACUUGUCAUUAUCAGUAUCCAGUCCGUCACUUCAUCAUAGUAGGCCGAUAUUUUCCGAAAAUGCAAUUCGCUCUGCACGGUGCCUAGCGUAUCAGUGAGUCUAGUGCAAACCGUUCACACGAUUAUUGCGUUGCGCAAUUUUUCAUUCGAUCCUUGUCUAGCGUAAAGAAUAUUUUGUCGAGAUCGCGCGCGUGCGACGUUAGAAUCUUGAAUCGUUUUCCCGUCAAAUCACUUCCAACUAAGCCACGAGUUGCCUGCUACUACUCGUUGCUACGAUGAUGACAAAAUGUCCCUUUGGGAAAAAGAUGCGAAUUACACAAAGUGUAUCACAGCUAAAUAUAUUUUCGUAAAUAAACCUUAGUAGAACGGCAUUUUCUCGCCAACAACACGAACACAACCGAAUGUACGCAAGUGACGAGCAAAAUAAACUGUUUUUAUUUACAUUCGCUAAAGUGGCCUCCGAUGAUACCAACACCAACAGGCCACCGUUCGAUCGCGGUCGUAUGCGCGUCCAGGCGCUCCUUGGUGUCCGUCAACUGCGAUUAUUGAUGGAACCACUCAACACCACCGCGGGAUACAGAGCAGAUAGGAACGCUGGCUGUAGUAUUCUAAGUAACGUGACUUUGGGGCGUUUGAGAUUGCCCGGAUUACGAAGGUCGAACCACCCGAUUCGAAACAGGGCUCUCUUCGUAAAACGCGACAGUACCUACCGGCGUGCUGACUGGCGAAGCGGAGAAAGCGAAGAUUCGCACUACCAUGGUAAAGCGUCUUUCUAUAUGUCGAAGAAAGUUGUUUCGUGUCUUGCCUUGCCAAAGACCACGAAUACAAUGAGCUGGAAAAAGGAUAUAGAGAAUUAUGAACGUUCCCCAAGCACGUUUUGCAGGCACGGGCUCUCCUUUUUUCCACUACCUCGCCUCUCGGAAGCUGCGCGUUGAUUGGUCAAGUAAGAAAUAUUUCGCGACAUUGCGCAGAUUUUUAUGCGCAAUAAUUAUGUACCACAUGUUCUCUCUCUAU